AUGCCCAAAGAUCUCAACUACAGCCCCGCCUCCGACGAGGAAGAAGACAGAGAUGAGGAGGAGAUCGACGAGGAUGAUCUGCCAGGGCCGUCGUCGAGAGCCGGCAACGGGGCAAAGGGCAAGGGCAAGACCAAAGACCCUGGAAGAGCAGCGUGGGAAGGAGAAUAUCAAAAGUCAUGGGAUAUCGUGCAGGAAGAUGAGAAGGGUUCGCUGGAAAGCGCUGUCGAGAGUCUGUUGGCAAGGGGUCGGCGGAAGAGGGCUCUCAUGUCUGAAGCACCCGUACGGCGAUCCAUCAUCCGGCACAUGUUCAUUCUCGUCGACCUCUCCGAAUCAAUGCUCGACAAAGACUACCGGCCCACUCGUUUCGAAGUUGUCUUGAACUAUCUUCGCUCUUACAUCCCUGAAUGGUUCGACCAAAACCCCCUGGGCCAAAUCGGACUUAUCACUCUACGAGAUAGACUAUCGGAGGUCCUAGUGCCCAUGGGAGGUUCGCCAGAAGAGCUUGUACAAGCACUCUCAGACAAGCGUCGUCUGGAACCGUCCGGAGAGCCGUCUCUCCAGAAUGGACUUCUCAUGGCUAAGAGCGGGAUGGAGCAUCUUCCUGGAACUUCGUCCCUCGAAAUGCUGAUAGUAUUCUCCUCUAUCUCUACCGCCGAUCCCGACGGACCCAAGACGAUCCACACCACCUUGUCCGAAAUCGCCCAGACUCACAUCCGCACGUCCAUCCUCUCCCUGUCUGGUGAGAUCAAGAUCUGUAAACAGAUUGCCGAACAGACUAGCGGGAAGUUCGGGGUCGCUCUGGACCAAGAACAUUUGAGAGACCUACUCUGGGAUACCAUCCCACCACCGGCCACGACCAUCGCCCCUGCCACGCUCGGCGUACGCAAUGCCCUCGCAGCUGGCGGUCGCAAUGGCGCCGCAGGCAAAGCUCCUGCUGGUGACUUGAUGGUCAUGGGCUUCCCUAUCCGGCUGCCGCUCGGUGGAGAGACCAUGUGCGCUUGCCAUGGUCUGCUCAAAAAGGGAGGAUACCUCUGCCCGAGGUGUGGAAGCAAGCUUUGUGAUGUACCAACAGACUGUGAGGUCUGUGGGUUGAUGGUCGUCAGCUCACCGCACUUGGCGAGAAGUUUCUGGUUCUUGUUUCCCGUGGCCAAUUACAAAACCCUCAGCUUUGAAGAGGUUGAUGUAUCCCAGCCCGAAACAUGCUUCGGAUGUGACUCUCCGUUUCCAGACGUCAGUCUUCUUCUCUACUCUUUGGCUCCCCACUAA